CAGUCGACCCCAGGCGAAAGUGAUAAGCAAGACCUUACCAAUCUCGACCGACACAUUCGACACAUCAUCCAACUGAAAGAUCCUGCUACCCUCGAAGCUGGUGCAGAUCUAGCGAUACAGACACUAAAAAGGUUUGAGCAAAUUUUUGUCCGUCACGAUACCUCUGGGCUUGACAGGGAGGUAGCUUCCUGGGUAGAGGCUAUAGCAGCACUAGUCCCGCAAGCUCAGCGAAAGCGCACUGUUGUGGGUGUAGUAGGCAAUACAGGUGCCGGAAAGAGCAGUGUGAUCAACGCGAUGCUCGAUGAAGAGCGCCUUGUCCCUACUAACUGCAUGCGGGCUUGCACCGCUGUUGUUACUGAGAUAUCCUGGAAUAACAGUGAUGAAGCCUCUUCCAAGUAUCGUGCGGAGAUAGAGUUCAUCAGUCCCGAAGAUUGGGAAAAGGAGCUCUCAGUGCUUAUGCAAGAAUUUUCGUCUGAGAGUGGCAAACUAUCUAGGGAAGCCCAGGAUCCAAAUUCCGAUGCUGGUAUUGCAUGGGCAAAGUUUCACGCUGUGUAUCCAUCUGUGCCAAAGGACGCGUUGCACAAGAGCACUAUACCUACUCUCAUGUCGAAGAACGCUGUUAGGAGCGUUCUUGGAACCACCAAACAGAUACACAUGAGCCAUCCGGGCAGGUUCUAUGUCGAGCUCCAGAAGUAUGUCGACAGUAAAGAAAAGGUGUCUAGGAAGGACAAAACCAAAAAUAAGCCGCAAAACUCGCCACCUAAGAUGGAAUACUGGCCAUUGAUCAAGGUCGUCAAGAUAUACACCAAGAGCCCAGCGCUAUCAACGGGUGCUGUCGUUGUGGAUCUGCCAGGUGUUCAAGACAGCAAUGCUGCCAGAGCUGCUGUAGCUCAGAGUUACAUGCAGCAAUGCACAGGUCUGUGGAUUGUUGCUCCGAUCAAUCGCGCUGUAGACGACAAAACUGCCAAGACUCUUCUUGGAGACUCCUUCAAGCGCCAGUUAAAGUACGACGGUGGCUUCUCGAGCGUAACGUUUAUUUGCUCAAAAACAGACGAUAUUUCCAUCACUGAGGUGAUUGAAAGUCUUGGCUUGGAUGGAGAAGUCGCAGAGUUCGAACAGCAAAGCAGCAGGUGCGGCGAACAGAUCGAGCAAGCUGAAGGCAAGAUCCAAGAUCUAAGAGAGUCGCAAAAAGUCUACAAACUUGUUAUGAAAGGUGCAACCAAGGAUAUUGAGAAUUGGGAGAUACUUCAAGACCGGCUGGAAGACGGACAGCUGGUGUACGCACCUGUCGCUGAACCUAAAAAACGUAAGAAGGCUGGUUCAAACAAACAACCGUUGAAGAAACAAGCGUUUUUCCAGAACUCCGAACAUGGAAUUUCCAGAUCUAGUGAUGGAAUUCCCAGCUCCGAUGAUGAAGUUCAGAUCCAGGCUGAGCAAGUCGUACUGUCUGAGUUGGACAUCAAAAACAAGCUCAAGGAACUGAGGGAUACCAAGAAGAAUGCUCGACGGGAAUCCAUUGAGAUGCAACGUGCGAUUGAUGAUUUGAUAUCUCAAGUCAGAACGCUGCAGAAGGAACAGGGCAGAAUUCGAGCGGAAGUGAGCCGAAUCUGCAUUGCGGAACGUAAUCUCUACUCCAAGUCUGCCAUUCAGCAAGAUUUUGCUGCAGGAAUCAAAGAGAUUGAUCAGGAGAACGCUGCUGAAGCAGAUGAGGAUAGCUUUGACCCAGAUGAAGAUAUACGCGAUUACGACCAAGUCGCGAAGUCCCUACCCGUUUUCUGUGUCAGCAGCAGAGCAUAUCAAAAGAUCUGUGGACGUAUGCAGAAGGACGAUAAUAUACACGGUUUCACAACUAGAGAAGAGACUGAAAUCCCGCAGCUCCAGACUCAUUGCCAGAAGCUCACCGAAGCUGGCCGAAUUCAGACGAGCCGGACCUUCCUGACGGGUUUCUGUCAACUCUUAAUCAGCUUCAGGUUAUGGACAUCCGACAACACCCUCCACUUGCCGUUGAAUGAGAAACAAAAACAGCGCCAUCUCCAAUUUCUCGAGCGAAAGAUCGAAGAACUGAAAACGGGCGUUGGUGACAUUGUGCACGCCUGUAUGGAGGAAGUGCGGUCUGAGGUGAGGCUUCAAAUCUCCUCCAGGUUCCCAGAACUCAUCAACGCUGCCAUUGAGGUUGCACCUAAAACAGCUCUCGCCUGGGGUCAGAAGGCCCAAGGAGGUCUAAUUUGGGCCUCGUAUAAAGCCGUGGUUCGCCGGGAUGGUGUCUUCAAAUCUCCAACAGCGGGAGACCGGGACUUCAAUUUGGAUCUUGUCGAACCU